CUUGCAUUUUGAUAUUAUUCGCUUUGGUAAUGAACGGGUUAAACGGCUUUGGGAUUGACAAUUGGCUGAGCAAUUCAAAGAUUUUAUCAAUUGGGUCUUAAUUUCCCGAUGCGCCACUAACACUAGACUUGUUCGCUUUAAAAUCUGUUCUAGCAAUUUUUUUGAUAAGGUGGCCAUUUUCCGGUGGAUUCGUGUGAUAACAAAGCGAAAUGUUCAAGAACUUGUGUUAAGUUUUCGUCUUGCUGAGCCAUUUGAGUUGCCGUAUUGUGUUGCAACUUGUGAAUCUUUACGAGUUUUGAAAUUACAACUGUCUGGGGAUAUGCUUAAGUUGCCUAAUCAUUUGGGAUUUUGUCAGCUCCAAUUGCUUCAUCUUUUGGAAGUUGAGUUAUCGAACGAGCAUUUGAUGAGUUGCUUGUUCUCAACAUGUCCUCUUCUUGAAAAACUAAUACUAGGAGAUUGUACUUUUGGAACUAUGACUGUGCUUGAUAUUGCUUCGACAUCUCUGGUUUAUGUGUAUAUAGUAAACUAUGCUAACAAUGGACUAAGUUACAGCAAUUGUAAUGUCAAAAUUUCUUGCCCAAAUCUCAAGGUCUUGAAAUAUGGUGCUCCAAUGGCAAAGGAUAUAAUUAUAGAGAAUCUCUUCCCUAUAGAAGUUGUUCACGUCUUCUUUUUCGAUGUGCGUAACCCCUUAAAGGAAAUUGGCAUGCUUACGUAUAAGAUGAUCAAGAAUGUUCCUUCUACUUCAGCUUUGAAAUUAUGCAUGGUUUCUGUUCGGGGUGUAUAUCGGAUGGCUCAUGAAGUAAGAAACUCUCCGGUCAUGUUUUAUAAGCUCAAGUCCUUAAAAUUGACGGUGGGAAUUGAUGAAGCUUGCAUGCAAGCUAUGAUAUUAUUGCUCAAGCAUUCUCCUAAUUUGGAGGUUCUUAAUUUGUUUUCGGAUGAGAAUUUUGGCUGGGAUGAGAACUGGAAGCUGCAUGACCCUAGUGAAAGCAUAGUGUGCUUGAAAUCUCAUCUAAAGAUGAUUCAGUUGACUGGUUUUAAAUAUGAAGAAAAUGAGAUGGAGCUACUAAGGUUUUUCCUGAAGAAUGCGCGAGUAUUGGAAAAAUUGAUAAUUGUUUGGGCCGACUUUGCUGACAUAUCAAAAAAGGCAUCAGAGGUGGUUUUGGAGUAUCCCAAAACUUCUUCACAUACUGUUGUGACAUUUCUUGAUGUCAACCCCAAACCAAAAAGAUUUUACCGGCACAAUAUAAUUUAAAAGAGGUUUUGAUUUGUUGGAAGUAUCUAUGAGCUGGGGAAGGAAGGUCAAUUCAAAGUAAAGUAUGGGAGGAUGUCUAGAAGUAAAAAUAUUAUUGAAGUUUGGCCUUGAAGGCUGAUUUGGAAGGCAAAAAGUCCUACAAAAAUAGCUUGUUUUAAGUGGACUGUAGUUAGGAGUGCUUGUUAAAUAGCCUUUCUUUAUUCUGGAACUUUAUCAGCUCCUUCAACUUUUGUUAGGAGAUAUGAGUCAAUGUACAGGAGCUAAUCCCAUUUUUUAUAUCUUGAAUGUAUCUAUUGGAUGUUGUUUCAGUAAGUAGAUUGUAGGCCAAAUAAGGCCCCUUAAA